AUGGCUCAGAAAUCCCGCAAAGAAAUAGCCGAUUACCUGAUUAAUGCAAAGUAUGAAAGAGCCAGAAUUCGCGUCGAACAUAUCAUCCGAGAAGAUUAUUUAGUUGAGGCUAUGGAGUUGGUUGAAUUAUACUGUGACCUUCUACUAGCAAGAUUUGGUCUUUUAGAGAGCAUGAAGCACUGUGAUGAGGGGUUAUUAACUGCCGUUUGCUCUUUAAUUUGGGCUUCUCCUCGCUUAGCAUCUGACGUUGCUGAGCUGCGAGUUGUUAGUGAAUUAUUAGGUAUCAAGUUUGGUAAGAAAUUUGCGGAAGAUGCUAGGGCAAAUGCGGAUAGUUACGUUAAUGAACAUCUAAUACAAAGAUUAAGCCCUCAUGGUCCUCCAGCAGUGCUUGUUGAACAAUAUAUUGUGGAAAUUGCAAGAUCUCACAACGUUGCUUACGAGCCUGACCCUGCUGUCUUAGCGGGUGCGGGAAUUCCCACUGUUGACGAUUUAAUGUCAAAAUUGCCAUCGACCAAUGAGGAUAAUGACCAUAAGCCCAAUGGUGGCGGUGGCGGUGGAGGAGGCCAUGCUUUACCACCCCAAAUGAAUACGCCAGUAAUGCCACAACCACCAGUUCUUCAGCCUCAGGCUCAUCAAGCACAGUAUCCAUCACAGCCACCGUAUCCAACGCAUCAGAAUGAUAUGGUUUACCCACCAGCGGGCACUAAUAAUGCUCCUGGAUUCUUUCCUGGACCCGCUAAUUAUAAUAACGUAGCUGCUCCGGCAGAUCGACCUCCUAGUUAUGAAGAUCCUAGGAAACAUGCAAGUAAAGAUCUUCUUAACAGUUCUAUUCUCUAUACAGCUCUGCCAAAUGUACCAAUGCAUCCUGAAAAUAAUAACAUGCCUGACUUGCCGUCUGUACCUAACGGCAGUUUACCUACCGCUCCAUCAACAAAACCUGGAAAUUCUAAUGUUGGACAGAACAGUGCUGGAGGAGAUGAUGUCGAUUUUGAUGAUCUUACCCGAAGAUUUGAAGAGCUGAAGAAGAAAAAGUAA